AUGCUAGAAUGGGCUGCCUCUCUAGGCACUCUCUUUCUCAUAGUGUUUUGGUCCUAUAAGAAGCACUUCUAUCUUUAUUUCCCAGCAAAGACAGUGGAGGAGCCGAAAGAGGACUACAAACUGAUCUGCAAACCUUCUGCGCUGGCCAGCUACUUGCUGAGACAGUGUAGAACUUUUUGCACCUUUUCCAAUGUCACCUGGGUGUGGAGAACUUUCCCCAGUCUGCAGACUGUGGUGGCUGUGCUGGGACCUGUGGAUAAAGGGGUGCACUUUGUCAGGGAGUACCUGCAGCUGACAGAUGAUGGCUUGGUUGCCCUAGAUUGGGCUGUAAAACCUGGACACCAUCAGAGGAGGAGGAGAACGUCUAGCAACUCAACAGUGCCUAUUCUUCUCGUCAUCCCAAACUCCUUUGGCAAGAUCACUAGGAAUACCAGCAAGAUGUGUCACUUGGCCCUCACCCAUGGAUACCAGGCUGUGGUCUUCAACCGUCGCUGUCAAAAUGGAUGCCCACUCAGCACAGCCAAGUUACAGCCAUAUGGUGAUCCUAACGACCUUCGUGAAGCCAUCCGAUACAUACGUCAUUGUCAGCCAUCAUCUAGACUAUUUGCCGCAGCUGAAGGCACAGGCGCUGGACUUCUGCUUUCCUACCUUGGCGAGUGUGGUUCAUCAAGCUAUAUCACAGCAGCAGGCUGCAUCUCCCCUCUAUUUCGCCUGCAGGACUGGUUUGAAGCUGGGUGCCCUUGGCUUUGGCAGUCAGCAAUACUCUUGUAUCAAAAGAUGUAUUUAAGCAGAUAUGCUACAGCUUUAGGACAUUUGAUCAAUACAGAAAGACUUUUGGGGAGCCGGACAAUAAAGGAACUUGAAGAAGCAGUGUUUUGCCAAACCAAGACUUCAAAUAGCAUGUCAUGGGAUUCUUAUUGGGAAAGGAAUGACCCACUCCGAGACAUAGAUGAAGUGGCUAUUCCAGUACUGUGCAUCUGCAGCCAAGAUGACCCCAUCCGUGGGGAACCCUACAGCACAAUACCCUUUGAACUCUUUGAGACAAACCCUCACUUUUUCCUGUUGAUGAGCCGUUACGGUGGUCACUGUGGCUUUAUCAAAGAAGAUGUGUCUAGUACAAUGUGGAGUCACAGUGCUUUGCUUGACUUCUUCAAGUCUACUGUGGACUUCUUUGCCAUGGAGGAAAGGCUUAAAGGUCUCUCAAGGAGAAAAGGAACCAUCUCUUUCUCCAUCAACAAAACAAUGCAGGACAGGGCCUCAUGUAGAAAGGAACAAAGCUGUCUUCAUAAUAUCCAUGAAAUUUAUAACUGGCAGAGAUCCUACACAAGGUGA